UCACGUGUGAAGAAACCGUUGAUCGUCAUGUCUCUGCUGUAAGCAGAGCUUCGCGCAAGACUUUAUUUGCCUCUGCUCCGCUUUCUUUUGACAGCUGCUUGUUUUCUUUUCCGCAUACCCCUUUACCGAAGAAUGAGCGAAAACGAUGACAUCGAAGUCGACAGCGAUGCAGACAAGCGAGCACAUCACAAUGCGCUGGAGCGUAAACGCAGGGACCACAUUAAAGACAGCUUUCACAGUUUACGAGACUCUGUGCCUGCACUGCAAGGAGAGAAAAACUCUGUUAAACAGGCUUCCCGAGCACAGAUUCUUGACAAAGCUACCGAGUACAUCCAGUACAUGAGACGAAAAAACCACACCCACCAGCAAGACAUUGAUGACUUAAAGAAGCAGAAUGCACUGCUGGAGCAGCAGGUUCGUGCUCUGGAGAAGGCAAAGGGGAACAAUCAGCUCCAGACCAACUACUCCUCUGACAGCAGCUUGUACACCAACCGCAAAGGGAGUGCGGUGUCGGCCUUCGAUGGCGGCUCCGACUCCAGCUCGGAAUCAGAGCCUGAGGAGCCGCACAACAGAAAGAGGCUGCGCGUGGAGCCUAGCUAGACUCUCCUACAGACUUUUUUUGCUUUUGUUUUUUGCCCACCAGCCUGAAACUCCUCUACUCCUCUUAGCUGUGUUCACUCAGCCCUGCCUUCUUCUUACGUCAGUCAGGAAGCACGGCGGCGACUGUGUGGGAGAGGUGCUAUAUUGUGUAUAAAAUGCUUCUAUCUUCCUAAGCAUCCUGUCACUCGUCCUUGUGUCCCAGCGUGCACCACCUUCCUCCUCCCACCCAAAGUGAGGCAGCUCUGCAGUUUUGAAGGACUUGGCGCCUUUCAAACCUCAGUGACAUUCUUUAAUGAAUGUGUUUAUGAAAAGGUAUGAGGCGUUGAGUCAGACAACCUGCAAAUUUUGGGAGGAGUUACUUUGACAAAAAACGGCAAUUGGAAAUAGUUUACCUUUUUAAUAUUCAUACUUUUUCAGAUGAAUGUGAUGUUAUACAAAAUGCGACUCACCCUGUUAUUCAGUGUAGGUGGCUAAAGUUUUGUGCUUUGAAAAUGUUUUGUGUAAUCAAAUAAAUCCCUCUUAUUUAUAGUGAACCACCCACAUUUAUGUCAGUUAUGUUUGGCUUGAGAUUUCAUCCCCCCAACAAGUUCAUCUAUUUAUUUUUCUUCUAUUUUUACUAUCUGACAAAAUGAGAGUAUAAAAAAAUCCCCUAAUUGAUAAUGAAUGUUACACAACGCAGUUAACUUUAUUUUUAUGAAUGGACUCUUGGUUCAGUGUCUAGUAUAUAAUCUAAUCCUAAAUGGUGUCAGUUUUGCUAAGAAAAAACUUUCCUGGGGAAAAAAAAUAUUUGCCUGUGCUGGGAACGUUUCUUUCUCUAUUUUUCCUUUUCUCAGAGGUAAACAACUAGUGUGUACGUAAUCAAUAUUUGUUUGGAAAUUACAGGUAUGUUGUACAUACUGCCAACGGGUGUCUUGCAAGUUAAGACAUACCUUUAUUAUGAGACUAUAAAUAAAACUUUUAUCCUUAUUGGA